GCCCUGCCGCCGGGCCCCCGCCCAAGUGCGCCCGACGGCUUCCCUCCCGCGGCCGCCGCCGCGGGCGGCGCCGAUGCGCUAGGCAGCGCCCGGCUGGAGGGCCUCGGCAUCUGCGGGCCUGGCGGCGGCCGCGGGUGCCUCACGCGGGUGCUCCGCGACCUCCACGUACUGCAUUGUGGGGACGGCGGCGCGAUGCCCCGCGCGCUGAUGGGCCAGGCGGUGCGCGGAGGCCUGCGGUGCGGCGGGGCGCGGUGGACGCACGUGGUCGACCUGAGGGCCACGGGCUCGCCGCCGCUGCCACCGGAGCUCGCCAGGCUUCGCGUCCUCGACGGCUCCGUGGCACCCGGGGCGCGCGGCGAGCUCCGGACCGCGGAAGACUUCUUGCGGAUGCUGCCGGCCGUGUUCGACUUCCUCAGGCUCGCCGCGCUCCGCCGGGGCGCCGUGCUGCUCGUGGACGGCCCCGCCGCGCCGCACCUUGACGGCGCCGGUGCCGCCCCCGGCGGGUUCGCCAUCGCCGCUGUGCUCGCGCUCAUGGCCGAGAGCAGCCACCUCGGCGUCUACCCGGCGCUCUGCUCCCUGAGCUCGCAGGUGAUCGUGCAGGCGAUCUGCCCGGUCGCCUCCUCCGCGCUCGCGGCGUGGUGCGAGUCGGAACGCCGCGGCGUGUGGUCCCGCUCCGCCGCGCUGUGGCACGCGCCGUGCCUGUGCGGCGCCUGCUCGUGGCACCUGCCGCCGCAGUGGCUGCGGGACGCGGCCAGGCCCUCCGGCGCGGUGUCCUGCGAGGGCCGCCCCUCCGAGGGCGCCUGCCUGGCCCUCUGCAGCUGCGCGGCGAGGUCGCACGACGGGGGGGCGCGGCCGCCCACCUGCCUGGGCCCCGCCGGCAGGAGGCCGCGGGGCGGCGCCCUGCCUGCCUGCCGCCCCGCGCGGCCGGACGACGCCCGCUGGCUGUGGCUCCCCCAGGGCUUCUCCGUCAACGAGUUCAGCGCUGGAAGGACGCUCGGCAGUCUCACGAACGGGCUCAAGUUCCAUGCGGAGCCAGUGCCCAGAGAGCGUGGGAGUGGAGCACAGCAUUACCGCUGCCGCGGGUGCCGUGCGCUGACCCACGCCGUGGUCGACGUCGUUCCAGGUCAACAUCAACGAGUGGCUGUUAUUUGCUCCAGCGAGGUUUUGCGCCAAGGAGAAGUUGGCGUGCUCGCCCCUCCUGAGGCGCGACCUCCCCUGAGCUCAUGCCUGGCAGACCUCGUGCUGCCCCCUGGGAAUUAG